UUGUCUCACUUACUGUCUUUCAGGCAGACCCGGGAGCAGGAAACGCCUCCUGACUUCUUCUACUUCUCCGAUUUUGAGAGACACAAUGCUGAGAUUGCUGCUUUUCACCUGGACAGGAUUCUUGAUUUUCGGAGAGUACCCCCGGUGGCAGGGCGGCUUGUCAACAUGACAAGAGAGAUCAGAGAUGUGACGCGAGACAAGAAGCUGUGGAGGACCUUCUUUAUCUCACCAGCCAAUAAUGUGUGCUUUUAUGGGGAAUGCUCCUACUAUUGCUCCACUGAGCAUGCUCUGUGCGGUAAACCAGACCAGAUUGAGGGAUCCCUGGCAGCCUUCUUACCAGACCUCAACCUGGCCAAACGCAAGACCUGGAGAAAUCCCUGGAGGCGCUCGUACCAUAAACGCAAAAAAGCAGAGUGGGAGGUGGAUCCUGAUUACUGUGAUGAGGUGAAGCAGACACCUCCAUAUGACCGUGGCACUCGAUUGCUGGACAUCAUGGACAUGACCAUCUUUGACUUUUUAAUGGGAAAUAUGGACCGUCAUCAUUAUGAAACAUUUGAGAAGUUUGGAAAUGAAACCUUCAUCAUUCACCUUGACAAUGGAAGGGGGUUUGGAAAACACUCCCAUGAUGAGCUGUCCAUCCUGGUGCCGCUCAACCAGUGCUGCAGAGUGAGGAAAUCUACUUACCUACGUCUCCAGCUCCUGGCCAAAGAGGAAUACCAGCUGAGCUCCCUAAUGGAGGAGUCCCUGCUCCAUGACCGCCUGGCCCCUGUGCUUAUCCAGCCACACCUUAACGCGAUGGACCGCAGGCUCCGGCUGGUGCUCCAGGUCCUGGCUGGCUGCAUAGAGAAAGAGGGCUAUGUUAAUGUUGUGGAGGAGGACCUAGAGGGAGACACGGCCACCCACAGGGGCCCAGGCCACAGGUAG